AUGGAAGAAUUUAAUAAAAAUUUUGUAUGGUAUAUUACAGGAUGUUCAAAAGGAUUUGGAUUUAUAUUAACAGUAUUAUUAAUUAAAAGAGGUUUUAAAGUCACAGCAACAACUAGAAAUAAAGAGAAUUUAGAAAAGAAAAUAUUUAAUAAAGAUUUAAAUCAAGGUGAAGUUACAGGACUAUCAAAAGAAGAACAUGGUAAACAAUUAUUAAUUUGUCAAGUUGAUUUGGUGGAUGAAGGAAGUGUAAAAUCAAGUUUACUUGAAACAAUAUCGAAAUUCAGUAGAUUGGAUGUAGUCGUUAAUAACAGUGGUUACCUCAGACUGGGCGCUGUUGAGGAGUUGUCAGAUAGGGAGUAUCGUGAUAUAUUCGACGCGAAUUUCUUCGGCAUGUUAAAUGUGUUGCGUAACGCUUUGCCACUGCUAAGGGAGUACACCAAGACCAACAAGUAUGGCGGGUGCAGGGUUUAUAACAUCUCUUCAAUUGCUGGUAUUUUGAAUUUGUCAGCGGGAUCUUCGCCCUAUUCGUCGACCAAAUUCGCCAUGGAGGCAAUCAGCGAGUCGUUGCAUAUGGAAAUGAAGCCACAUAAUGUUCAUGUGACUUGUGUGAAACCUGGUUUCUUUAAAACUAGUAUUCAAGAAUCUGCUACCUCUUCUGAUAAUCCAUUGGAUUGUUAUUCAAAUGUCAGAGAGGCUGUUAAUGAUAAACCCAAUUGGACAUUCAAUGGUGAUCCUAAAAAAGCAAUGAACAUUUUAAUAGAUCUCUCAUUAGAUAAUAAUACUUCACCUCCACUUCAUUUAUUUUUGGGUCCUGAAACUAUAGAUUUUUUCAAUAAAAAAGUUACCUCUAUUCAAUCAGAUUUAAAUAAUUUUAAAACUCUAACAACCUCAACAAAUUUUGAUUAG